CUUCCAACAACAACUUAAUUAAUCUGCUUUCCUUCCCUUCAAAGAUUUAUAAUUAGUCCCUCAUCAAGAUCUUCACAGGUAGCCAUGCAGGCUUGUGAGGUUUCCGGACUCCAUUAUCUAGCACCUUCAAACCCGAGUCCGUAUUCCCAACAUUUUAGCAUGUCUGAGAGCAACACACCAAUAUUUGAGUUGAUCAAUGGUUUCUCAAAUCCAUUGUAUAAUCUCUGUACCCCUCCUCAAGCUCUCGAAUUCAAUCCUCAGUCAUCAAAUGUCAGCAACAAUUCGUGUAAUUCUGAUGAGGCAGAUGAGCAACAACAGAGCGUAAUUAUCAACGAGAGAAAGCAGCGAAGGAAGAUAUCCAAUCGGGAGUCUGCACGCAGAUCGCGUAUGCGCAAGCAACGUCACCUGGACGAGCUGUGGUCACAGGUGGUUUGGCUCCGGAAUGAGAAUCAUCAGCUUAUGGAUAAGCUGAACCAUGUCUCGGAGUCCCAUGAUCGGGCACUUCAAGAGAAUGUUCAGCUCAAAGAAGAAACCUCUGAACUUCGUCAAAUGAUCUCUAACAUGCAUGCGCAACUCAGCAGCCCCUACUGAUCUAGUUACUCUGAGAAACCUAGAACAUAUAUAUUCCCCAGUAAAAAUUAUUCUGUCUGAAAAAUUGAGUGCUGAAAAAUGUCCAAUAAUUGCUAGGCUAGGACAUAAGUCAAACAAUCCUAUUUUUACUCUUUUUUUCAUUUUUGUUCCUUCUGUUGGAGCAGAAGUCAACCAGUCUUUAGACAAGCUUUAAACUCUAUGAGAUAUGUACAGGCUAUCCACAAGGAGGAGGUGACCUUUGUCCACCUGCUCCAACUCCCGCUGUGGUAAGUAUUAUGAUUUCUCUUGUGUUUUAAGGCUAGCAAUUUUGCAGUCUGCGCAGUGUUUUAAUUAAUGCUAGUGGUAGUC